AAUGGAAUCCGAUGGUUUUGAAACCCGAAAUCCGCUAACUCCUCCCAAGUCCUAACCCUAACACCAAGAGGACGCCGUCACUCUCACUCCCCACGACGACGGCGGUGGUUGCAGCGGCGAGGAGCCAGAGAAGGUUCUAGCUGCCCCGAUUUACGUCCGUAAGAAUUCGAAGAUAACUCUCCUCUCCCCGCCGCUGCGUAUUUUCCUUAAAAAAAUUUCGACCGGAAUUAGGCAGAGCGCCUUCGUGUGUGUUCCACCGCUGAAUCCGGCUUCAUCUCGGGAUAGUAGGAUACCCAGCGACAGGGGAUCUUCGUUUGAGUUUAUCAGGUUUCAUAAUCUAAGGGAGUACGUCAAAUAUCUUAAAAGCACACACGGAUUUACAAUUAGCUUUCAGAACAUUGCUGCAAUGGCAAGCAAUGUCAAUGCUACACAUGUUAAAAGCCAAUCGAGUCGCCUUCCCAGGAAGCGGUUCUAUCGGGCACGAGCACAUAGCAAUCCUCUUAGUGACUCCCACUUCCCAAUACCCAUAAGUCCUGCUGAGUUUGAUUACUCCCAUCACUAUCCUCACUUCUUCCCGUCAAGCAGAGAACAUCACAAAAAUGAUGGCGCACCUUUUCCCAAAGUAAAAUUUGCUGAUAUCGGUUGUGGUUUCGGUGGACUUCUUGUUGGCUUAUCACCUCUCUUUCCAGAUGCUCUAAUGCUAGGCAUGGAGCUUAGAGACAAGGUAACUGAAUAUGUGAAAGAGCGGAUCUUGGCGUUGAGAGCUUCUAAUCCUGGACAGUACGAGAAUAUUUCUGUAGUUCGAACCAAUUCAAUGAAAUACCUACCCAAUUACUUUGAGAAAGCACAACUGUCAAAGAUGUUCUUUCUAUUUCCGGAUCCCCAUUUUAAGGAGAAGAAUCAUCGGCGGAGAGUGAUCAGCAUUCAACUUCUCGAUGAGUAUGCUUAUGCACUUGAAUUAGGAGGUAUCAUAUACACAGUUACUGACGUAGAGGAGCUCGGAGAUUGGAUGAGGACUUGUUUGGAGGAUCACCCUCUAUUUGAACCAGUUCCUGAUGAGGAACUUAAAGCGGACCCAGUUGUUAAGUUGCUGAUUUCUGCAACUGAAGAAGGCCAGAAGGUUGCUAGAAAUGGCGGCCAAACUUUUCGAGCUGUAUACAGACGCAUAAAGUUAGAAGAGCUAUAGUUCCAUUCUCUUAAUUAUCAGUUUGGAAAUCCAGGAAACAUUUUCAGAACAUUGAGUUUUAAUUCCGGUAAUGCAACAUAGUCAAUUUUGGAUGAUGCUUUUACUAGAAUUAAUCAAUAAGAAUGCUUUGUUGUUGAGCAUAUUCAGUUCAUUUUA